AUGCCCCGCGAGCCGCACGCACCCCACGAGGAGAAUGACGUCACCUCAAAAGUCACUGGACAGAAACCAUGGAUGUAUAAUACUGACAGAAACCUGAAGAAAGAACAGAUAUGGUGCUUUUCUAAAGUCACGGGAUUUGUGUUCUUCCCAAACUGCUGGAUAAUUGUAUCUGCGGUGGAGCCCCUGUUUCUCAGCUUCAAUAGCUUCACACUCUCACAGAGCUGCUCCAGAUGGAAAGGCUUUGUGGCCUGGGACCUGGGAUCAGAGGUCGACACACUGCGGUCAGAGACGACAAAUAGCUGCAGCUGCGGCGGAGGGUCUCGUUUUGGUUCUCACCCAUAG